GCGCGCUUAAAGCUCCACGACUCUGCGAGGACGCGCCACACCUGCGCGCGUGGGAACAACACAAGUUGUCCACGCCGGAUUGGACCGAUCGAACGUUUCUAAUCAAUGGAUCGGCGUUCACAUGUUUUGGUCAUUUUAGUACUCGAGGACGGCGAGGAGGCUUAGUGAAGAGGGAGAGACACGGGUGAAGGUGGGGUAGGGGGGGAACAGAUGGAGCUCACCAUGGAGAACCUUCACAGCAUCUCCUCGCACUCCCAGGUGGGGAACCUGAUGAGCUCGCGGCCGUCGCCUUCCCCCAGCUCGGCUUCACGGAAUCUGGUGUCGCACGGCCCCGGCGCUCGCACGGCGAUGGUCUCCGGCAUGACUUCCAUCCUGGAAAGCUGCGGCGGGGACUACCGGGCCGAUCCGCACCUGCAUCCGUCCAUCAGCAUGUGCGAGAACGGCAUGAGUUUGAGCAACACGUACACGACGCUGGCGCCGCUGCAGCAUCUACCUCCCAUCUCCACCGUGUCGGAGAAGUUUCACCAUCCGCACUCGCAUCACCACGCCGCGGCCCAUCAACGACUCUCCUCCGGGAAUGUCAGCGGCAGCUUCACACUCAUGCGAGACGACCACCGCGGGCUCGCCCCCAUGGGCAAUCUGUACAAUCACUACCCCAAAGAGAUGUCUGGCAUGGGGCACGGCUCGCUGUCCCCGCUGCCCAGCGGCCUGGGCUCCUUGCACAACCCCCAGCAGCCGCUCUCGUCCUACGGCCCGAGCGCGCACCUGCCCGCCGAAGCGAAGAUGCUUUCCCCCGUGUCGGGUUUCGAGUCCCACGGCUCCAUGCUGUCCCGGAGCGAGCAAGAGCACCUGGCGAGGAGUUUAGGCGGCCACGGCCACAGCAUGAUCUCCAACUUAAACGGCAUGCACCACCACCCGCACAGCCACCUUCACUCGCAGCCCGGCGGCGCGGUGAUGCUGGCGGACCGCGAGAGGCACGGCCACGGCAGCGGGCAGGGGGUCGCGGGCUCGGGGAUCCAGGCGGAGGAAAUCAACACAAAAGAAGUGGCUCAGAGAAUAACGGCGGAAUUGAAGCGAUACUCCAUCCCGCAGGCCAUAUUCGCCCAGAGGAUCCUCAGCCGGUCCCAGGGGACGCUCUCGGACCUGCUGCGGAACCCCAAACCCUGGAGUAAGCUAAAGUCCGGCCGGGAGACGUUUAGGAGGAUGUGGAAGUGGCUGCAAGAGCCGGAGUUCCAGCGGAUGUCUGCUCUGAGACUCGCCGCAUGUAAACGCAAGGAAGAAGACCGAGGACGAGAGCGCAACCAGGUGCCAAAGAAGCAGCGACUGGUCUUCACAGACCUCCAGCGUCGUACCUUGGUAGCCAUCUUCCGAGAGAACCGCCGUCCCUCCAAGGAGAUGCAGCUCACCAUCUCCCAGCAGCUGGGCCUGGAGCUUUCCACCGUCUCCAAUUUCUUCAUGAACUCGCGCCGCCGCUGUCCGGAUCGCUGGGACGCCGAGGAGCACGGGCACGGGGCGCACGGCCACGUACACGCUGCUCACAGACAUGGCAAUGCCAACUCCUCGCCCAUCCACCCUGGCACCUCCUCGGUCAGCACUUUCUCCAAGGCCUGAUGGAGGGAGCUUGAACACACACUUGGAGGACGGAACGGGUGUGUUCAAAUGAAAGCUACAGGGUGUGUAGUUGUUUUCUUUCGAUCUCAUCCAUCUGCUCCAAGUGCUCACGACCCGAGCAGAUGAAUCAGAUCGCUUCUGUUAUUCUGAAUGUUACUAUCAGGGGUGAACUCUUAUAUACCAAAGAUACAGUCUCUUUAAGCACGCGGCUGACACUAAAAACGAGAGGAUGACAUCAAGCCAACACCUUGAGAAGGAAGAGUUUAUAUUUGCUUUAGGGUUUGGUGAUGUUCCUCAAAAGAUGUUUCUCACAAUCAGACAGCAGAUGUGCCUGCUGGGCCACAAUCCCCCCCUGCAACUCAUUUCUCUAACACACAAAGGACAGCGUGUGGCUGUCAAGUGGUCCUUUGACCUCCUAACCACAUGCCUCCACAAUCAUCUGCGACAUUGCAUGAGUGUGUCACGCGUGCAACAUUUCAAUGCCCUUUUGCGACAGUCGGCCCGGAAUAACACUGCCACCUGCUGUCUAUUUCAACCACAUCUACUCGCAUGCAGGUCUCCUGUGCGGUCGGUCGGUCAGAGCUUCUAUGUUGCACCAAAACACAGCAAACACAAACCAAAGAUGGAACUUGAGUGCGUUUGCAUUAUGCCAGAGGGUCGCUAAUCGAAAUAAAAACACGGAAGCAAAUUAGCGUAUUUCCUCAAAUUGUGGAAGGGGAAAAACUUCUUUUCUUUUUUCUUUUAUAAUGAAUAAAAAAAAUCUUAUCUUUUAUCAUGGAUAUAAAACCCAUAAAGCUUCUGCGCUACUAUAUAAAAAUAUAUCACAUUUAUUAAUAUCAAUUAUUUGACUGCCUGUGCCCCACUUAAUUUCAAGAUGUUGUCUUCAAAAGUGUAUUAACAUGUUUAACAUACCUUGGUGAAUGUUUUUGAAGCACUUAAGCCAAAUAGUCUGUGACAUUAUAUACAGUUUCCAUCUUUGUUCUCGACCAAAUUGUUCUCGUUUUGUUGACCUGAAUUAUUUUGGACGGUCCGCCAUUUUAAGAUCAUUAGUUAUACUCGUCAUGUUUGUCUUUCCUAUACCUAGCAUUAACAGUCUUUGCCACAAUUUAUCUCACUCAUUGAUCUGAGUCAUAGUUAAGAUCAGCCAUGACAGCCAUUUUGUUUUUCCAAGGGCAAAAAAGAAGGCGUUUACCUAACGAGGGCAAUUCACGUCUUUGCAUGUUAGCGUAAAAGACACCAUUUGAGGAAAUACGCUAAUUACCCUUUGCUACACAUUUGAAUGUUCAUCUCCUCGGGUCUUAGGCUCUACGGUUCUUAGCCACCUAAGAGGUUAUUUUCAGGUUACGUAAGGAGAACAAUCAAAAAGAGACUCCCGCACGGGCGAUGGUCCCUUGCGCGGGGAGCGAGCUCUGCUCUGUUCUAGUGGCCAAAGACGGAGGUCAAAUGUCACAAUAUAGGAUCCUGAGUGCCAAUGAUAUUUGCCUCUUUAUGAUAAUCAACAAACAGAUGCAGCUCGCUCUUUGCCGCGUGUCUAGCCCAUGUCGUCACAACCAUCCCACUGCAAGCACUAAUGGGCAUGUCGCCUAAUCCAUACCUCAGAAAAAAAAAACUCUCUUCAUGUGAUCUACACAGUAUAUAAAUGUAAAUAACCUUUCAUUUAAUUGUGUCUUAUCUAGUCCAUCUAUUUGCUACAGUCCCUGUGGUUGUCUUUCUUUAUCUUUUCCCUCCCUACUAUUGAUGCGGGUAAAUCUAGUACCAUAGACACAUAGUUUCCUCUUUCAUGACUAUUGUGCUAUGUUGUGCUGAUAAUGUAUAAAAAAAAAAAAAAAAAGCACCUUGUUAAAAAAAACUAACCCCCCCCUCUUAAAAAAAAAAAAAAGAAAAAGCAAAAAUAAAAAGAAUCAACAUGUCAUAGACUGAUCCUAUGCACAGACAAGGAAGGGAUACCUCAAGUGACUGUGCAAUUUUUGUGAAUACAAUGUAGAUGGACUUUGUGGAUGUGAAGGACCUCUUCCUUGAUCUCUGGACUCCUUUGAAUUGGACUGUCACUGCAUUCCUCUGCUGAUCUAUUUAUUUAUUUGUUUGCGGAGGAGUUACCAUGAGUAGCACCUCUAUUUGUAUGUGUGUGUGCGUGUGUGUGUGUUUCUUAUCCAUGUACAUGGGCAAAGCCACGAGUUGUGCAGCAUCUUCUAAGCGGGAGAUAAUCAUACUAGUGAAGAGACAAGAAGAAAAAGAAUGCAGCAGAGGUGACUCAUUAUCAGAUGGCAAUCUCUCCGUCAUUCAUUGGGCUCGGCUUGUUAUGUACUGCACUUGAACACAGUCCCAGUUAGAGAAGUUAUUUUGGGACUUUUUUUUUUUUUUUUGAAAGACAUAAUACAGUUGAGAUAUUCCGAAUGGUUGCGUGUGGAGCUACCUCACAGAAUGGAUGAAGGAGUCAAUGAUAGCGAAGGCACCACAGAGCCACGUCAAUUCUUCAUAUUCUGCAUAUCUUUCACUUAUACUCAAAUUUAGAUAAUCUCACUCCCACUACUCACACACACUACUACCAGAUAUAUUUUUGUGUAAUUUGUAAUCUGAGUGUAGAAGUGAUAACUGUGUCUGUUUACAAUUCCCAUGAGUUCCUGCUAUCAGAAAUGUAGCUUAUUAAUUACGGAUCCAAAAAGGAUCAACUUUCCUUUCCUUUGGGUCCCCGCCCAUCCAAACAUGUUUUCACUGGUCCAGGGUAGCAUCACAGGCAUGUGUAGACAUCUUGAUAUACCUCAAAACUCGAUUGCAUUUUUAUGUUGGGCAACGACGGUGACGCUACUAAUGAUCAUUUGCGUUACUUCGGCGUGAGUACAGUGUUAGGCAUUUGAUGCUUGGACAUCUCAAGUUAAUUUAUUGUUUAUAUAGGUUUGCACGUUGUGCUAUUUGAGAAGAAAAAAUAUUUAAAAAAAGUUGGACAAAGUAUAUUGAUCAUAAAAUACCAGAUACAAUGAGAAAAUGAUGAACAAACAACACGCAGUUCAGUUUGGCUCAUUUUGUUUGAAGAUUGUCAUCUAUGUAUGUGUGUUGAAAUGAUUCCCAUAUUUAAAAAAAAAAAAAAAAAAGAACCAAACAAAGCACCCGUGUGAAAAGGGGUGGGGUGAGCAAUUCUUUAUGCAUGGAUACUAUAUAAAUGUAUUUAAAACUGCAGGAUUAAAUGUAUCUCGACAGGCAGCGGCGUUGGGAGAGAGAAAGAGAGAGAAAAAAAAAAGUUUGGUUUCUAAGUACAUUCCUUUAAGAUAAAUGUCUUUUUAUGUGGUGUUUAUGUAUUUGUAGAAAUUAUGUGUAUUUGUAUGUACACCAGCGUCAGUCCAUUGUCUUCCCCUGAUCUUUUUGUCUUUUGUUACUUCCCUUAGCGUGGAAAUAUUCUCCACAUGUAUGUCUAAAGGUUAUUUAUUCAUUUCUUUUUAAACCAUGCAAGUACGAGAGCGGCUUUGUGGUUUGAAUUUGUUUCAUUGUUGUAUUUCAGCUCGCCUGUAUUUAAUCUCCUGUUCGAUUCGAUGGGCCGGGGGUGUUUGUCAGCCUUAAGAGCUGGCCCGAGUGCAAACAAACAGAGCGCCGGGCUGCUGCUGAAAGGCGCUUUCUUCCAGUGCAUCAAAAUGGCGUCAUUUGUUUUCCCUUCAGAGCUGUGGAAGCCCCCGUGUCAAUGUUCCCUCCCUCUCCCGCAGCCAAUCAAUCAAUCAGAACCAAGUGUCUUUGUGAUGGUAGGAGACAAUCAAUUUCAAAUAGAGCAAAGAGACAAAAAAGAUGGAGGGAGAGAGAGAGUGAUGGAGGAGGAGGGCAGUGAAACUGGACAGGAAAGAUGCAAAGGGAAGAUGAAGGACGGCUCUUUAAGAAAUGUGCUCGUGUGCGGGUUCACCUUUGACCUACGGAGAGUGACCUUUUCGCUGGGAGGCACCCAGGACCCUCUCUGGUGUUGCAAAGGGAGUCGGGCUCUGACAUGUUAAGCGGACAUCUAAUCGAAGAUCAAAUGCCUGCACGCACAUGCAAAGAUACACACACACACACACACACACACGUGAACACUCAAAUGGCGGUCACCCAGAAAGCCUACCUUCUUAUCUUCACCUCUCCUAAAAACAAAAAUUGGUACAUUUGUCUGCCUUCACAAACAAUACAGAAAGGAAAACGCAAGGGCAAAUUGUGUGUUUGGACUGAUAAAGAAAAUAAAGAUUCAACCAAUUAGCA